AUGGAUGUUUCCAAGUUUGUUUCAUUUCCCUCCCUCUUCUCAGUUUCAGUAACGCUAGCUUUCAUAGCGGUGGUAGCCUGUCUUUAUUUACUCAAUGGAGAAAAGGCAAAGCUCCCACCAGGGCCGCGAGGGCUACCUAUUUUGGGUAGUUUGCUGGACCUCGGUUCGAAUCCCCACCACUCUCUUCACGCUCUUUCCAAGCGCUACGGUGGCCUCAUGUAUCUCAAAUUGGGCACCACCCCAGCCAUCAUAGCUUCCUCUCAGGAGGCUGCAGUUGCUAUUCUCAAGACUUUUGAUUCCCAUUUCUCUAACAGACCGGAAAGCAUGGGAGCGGUUGCAAAUAUUCUCCUGUACGAUAGAAGCGAUAUCAUCAUGUCUUCCCAGUGGCCUAUGCUGCGUAAACUCUGUAUUUUCCACCUCUUGACCCCCAAAUGUCUGCAAAAAUGGCAACAGUUCCGACAAGAAGAGAUGGCGGUGUUGCUCGCCUCCAUCUUUAAACAGAAAACCAGUGCUGUAAAUGUGGGCGAUUUUGUUAAUUUCUUUAUUUCUAACGUUAUUGGACAGAUGACGCUGAGGAUGAGACUAUUUGACGACAAUAACGCGGAAGCCCAACAUUUCAGAGAAUUAAUUGAGGAGUUCUUAAUCGAGGGUGGUCGUUUUAGGAUUGGGGAUCAUGUUAGUUUCUUAGAUUGGAUUGGGUUGGGUGGUUCUCUUGAUCAAGCCAAGAGCGUGAGGAAGCGCCUUGAUGAGUUUCUGGUGAGGAAAAUGGAAGAACAGAAGCGUAUGCUUCUGUCUAGAAAGGAAAAUGACACCAAGGACUUUUUACAAAUUCUCUACGAACUAAAAUCUUCUUCUGUCGAAGAGGGAGCUCAACUUUCCGAGUCUAACAUCAAAGCCAUUUUACUGGACAUGAUUGCAGCAGGAACGGACACUGCUACCCGCACGGUGGAAUGGGCGAUGUCCGAGCUGAUCCGCCAUCCUCAUAUCAUGAGCAAAGUCAGAGACGAAGUGGACGCAUGCGUGGGAAUGGAUGAGAGAGUAACAGAAUCUCAUCUUCCUCAGCUGAAAUAUCUAGAAGCGGUUGUGACAGAAACUCUUCGACUGCAUCCUCCAACGCCACUUAUGCUUCCUCACGCAUCUCCAAAAUGUUCAAGCAAAAUAAUGGAUUACUUCAUUCCCCCCAACGCACAUGUAAUGGUUAAUGUGUGGGCCAUAGCCAGAGAUCCAAAAGCAUGGGAGAAGCCGCUGGAAUUUGAUCCGGAUCGCUUUGUGGACAAUCCCGUUCAUCUCGAUGGACGAGAUUUUCGAAUAAUACCGUUCGGGGCAGGGCGAAGAAUGUGCCCAGGAUAUAAACUGGGGCUUCGUAUGAUUCAUUUUGCAGUUGCAAGCUUUGUUCAUGCAUUUGAUUGGUCGCUUCCAUCUGGUCAAGAAGCCCAAGAUUUAGACAUGAGUGAGAAAUAUGAACUCACAAUUCACAGGAAAGUUCCUCUGGAACUCUUCGCCACUCCUCGUUUGCCUACCUCUCUUUAUAACCCUUAAGUUCAUAAUCAUUGACAUAUGAACUAUUUCUUAGAGAAACAAUAUUGCACCCGUCCCUAAUAAAAUGAACGUUUCUUAUUUAACGCUUUCAUUAUACAACCCCUCUUCUCUAGCUCGCGUCUGUACGGCGUGCUGAUAUUAGUAAUAGGCUAGUGCACAUAAAUAAAACUAGCCGUUGCACGAUUUUAUCGUGCAACAAAAUGUUGAUAGUUUUUUUUUUUAUAGGUGUGUCAAACUGAGAAAUAAUGGAAUGAUUGACAGGUGAUUUUCAUGUUUGAAAAUUCUA